GGGGGGCGCGCGCGGAGGCCCGAGGCCGGGCGCGGCCCAUUGUGCAGACCAUGGCCAAGGUGCAGGUGAACAACGUGGUGGUGCUGGACAACCCCUCACCUUUCUACAACCCCUUCCAGUUCGAGAUCACCUUCGAGUGUAUCGAGGACCUGUCGGAAGAUCUGGAGUGGAAAAUAAUUUAUGUGGGCUCGGCUGAAAGUGAAGAGUACGAUCAGGUUCUAGAUUCUGUUUUAGUUGGACCUGUUCCUGCUGGAAGACACAUGUUUGUAUUUCAGGCUGAUGCUCCUAAUCCAGGACUUAUUCCAGAUGCAGAUGCAGUAGGUGUAACAGUUGUGUUAAUCACAUGCACCUACCGAGGUCAAGAAUUUAUUCGAGUUGGCUAUUACGUAAACAAUGAAUAUACUGAAACAGAACUGAGAGAGAAUCCUCCAGUAAAGCCAGACUUUUCUAAGCUUCAAAGGAAUAUUUUGGCAUCUAAUCCCAGGGUCACAAGAUUCCACAUUAACUGGGAGGACAACACUGAAAAGCUGGAAGAUGGAGAAAGCAGUAACCAAAAUCUACAGUCACUUCUUUCUACAGAUGCAUUACCCUCAGCAUCAAAGGGGUGGUCAACAUCAGAAAACUCAUUAAAUGUCAUGUUAGAAUCUCAUAUGGACUGCAUGUGACCUAACUACCAUCGUUUUGGUACUGUACAUGAGUUAAGCUGUAAAAACAACCGGAACUAUUUCCCUCAAAUUCUAUAAGUACAUAGUUGACAAACAAUGUGAAGAAUUUGUUUUAAAACAUUCUGUAGAAAGUUUAUAAGAGAAACAACAGUAUUUGAGCAAAUUGUGGAAUAUAAAUACAACUAUUUUUAAGUAUUUUUUUUCUCUAAUGUGUUACAUUAUUGCUCUAAACAGUAUCCGAUUAAUGCAUAUGUAUUUUUCUUCCUUUGUAAAUACAAUUAAAACCUAAAGACAGAAAGUUAAAAAUAUUCAGGCAAAGAUGAAAUGGUGAAAACUUGUCCUUAUCCAUAAUAUCAAGAUUCCCAAAUAUUUCACUGCCCUUUUAAUGACGAGUAGGAACAAAACUGUCAUAAAAUUAAAUGCACAAGAAGAAGUGAUCUCUACAAAAUUAUCCUGAAAUGUCCUCUUACUGUGAAAGCAGACAGCACUGUAUAAUUUUAGGUACAAGCUGCUUUUUUCUUUUCAAGAUACAUACUUGUUACUUAAAGUAUGCAAUUUGAGAUCUACCAUCUGCUAUCUGGGAUUUUA